AAGAUAAAAAGAUACACAGCUACAAGAGGACAGCCUUAAAAGGUGUGCUAGUGCACACCUGUAAACCCAACACUACCUGGCUGAGCCAAGAGGAUCCCAACUUUCAGCUCAGCGUGGACAAAUGAUUACUUAGCAAGAUGUUCUUUUAAAAAAAAGUAUAGUACUACCUCAGUGCAAGGGCCUAGAGUUCAAGCCACAGUACAGGAAUAAAAGAAGAAGCAAAAGAAAGCCUCUAGUACAUAGCUUCUCUAGCGAAACUGAAAGCUGUGUGGGUUAAGGAAGAGAAGACACAUAGAGCCUGUGCCCUGGAACCCUCAGCCCAGCGCCAGGAGGCGCUCUGGCGCGGUCGCCCAGCUGGUGCCCGAUGCCGGCGUGGCGACGCUCUAGCAGGCGCUUCUCAGUGGCCGGUCCGCGGCUGCACAGCGCUCAGGCUGGAGAGGAACCCCUGGCGCGCGCGCCUGGGGGGGGCCUGCAAUGGCGAGGCUCCCAAAGCUCGCAGUUUUUGACCUGGAUUACACGCUCUGGCCUUUCUGGGUCGACACGCACGUAGACCCUCCGUUCCACCAGAGCAGUGAUGGAUCUGUACGAGAUAGGCGGGGUCAGAGCGUGCGGCUGUACCCGGAGGUGCCCGCGGUUCUGGACCGACUGCAGGGCCUGGGGGUGCCCGUGGCGGCCGCUUCACGGACAGGUGAGAUAGAAGGGGCCAACCAGCUACUGGAGCUCUUUGACCUUGUCAGAUACUUUGUUCAUCGGGAAAUCUAUCCAGGCUGCAAGGUUACACACUUUGAGAGGUUGCAUAAGAAGACUGGAGUUCCUUUCUCACAGAUGAUCUUCUUUGAUGAUGAGAAGCGGAAUAUUGUGGAUGUCAGCACACUGGGUGUUACCUGCAUUCACGUCCAGAACGGGAUGAGUCUUCACACCCUAACUCAAGGGCUAGAGACGUUCGCAAAGGCCCACGCUGGGCCCUGAGGUCCAGCCCUGGGAUGAGCCUCGAUGGACACCUGACACUGAGAGGAGAUGAAGGCAUUCUCAGGUGCAUCUGUACUCUAUUAAAGUACACGUGUGUGACAGAAAA